ACCGCUGCUGCCACAGAAGCUCCCACGGCAUGGCUCGCCUGCGCAACGCCGUGCCGCUCCUCCGGCUGCUGCUGCUGGUGGUGGUCCUGCUCCUGCGGCCAAUCGCCCAAGCAGAGGCAGCGGCGCAGAAGGACUCCGGAGCCGACCCUGCUACUCGAGGAUCCGGAGUGGAAGCUCCCUCCCUGAACGUCGCCCCAGGACUGCAGCCUGCUGAAGACCCGGAAGGACAGUCUCUGCAUUCCGAACUCACCACAUCGCUCUACCGUCGGGACCAUGUCAGCGCCGAUUCAGCAGAGUUAACGACGUUCCAAGAUCCAGAGGGAGCCACUCUACCAAACCGGGAUAUCACCGCAUCGUCAACCGAGUCCCGAAGUCCAAGCCAGAGCCUCGAUGCGGAGUCUGAAGGCCCGGCUCUCCACAGCGCCGCCGAGGCUCUGGUCCAAACUUCUGUCGAGAUGAUGGCUUCGACCAGCGUGAGUCCACACGACGCGAGCCAGGAAGAGACCGAUGGGGAACAUCAGGAAGGGGAACUGGGAGAGCCGGCGACUACAACCACGGAAGCUCCUCCCGCGGGCGGCUUUGACCUGGAGACGAACCUGCGCGCCGUAAUCGAGCGCAUCUUCAAGGAGGCGCUGCCGCUCGUGUACCGCUUCUCCACCGGCGCCGGCUCUUCUCCCGAUUGUAUGGGCGCACUCUUCAAGUGGGUGCUGGCCAUCCGCAGGCUCGAACCAUGGGCUCUCAGGAUGGUGGAUGCGAUGGGCCGACCGCCGGCGGGUAUCUUCGAGGGCACCAUCACGGACUUCGGUUCGUUCGACCAGUGCCUGGAAGUGCGUGCCCAGGAUUCGUGGGGCGACGAGACGUUCCGCGGCCAGUACUGCUCGCUGUUCCUCAAACCCAACAUCGACACCAGCAGGCCCAUCAGCUUCCUCAGGAACAGCCGCAGGAACCUGAGCCGUAUCAUGAAGUCCAUCUGGUUUCCGGGAUUCCGGCUAGGCAUCUGCGUGCCGUCCGCCUGCUCCAGGAACGACAUCGACGUGCUCAUCAAAUCCGCUUUCAAGAACUACGGCGUGAACGCAUCAGUGCCUCUUUGCGACGUGCAGAGGGACAUCCAACUAGACAACCUGCAGCAAGUGGCACUGAUCUGCUUGUGCGUGGUGCUGAGCAUGGUGGGCCUCGGGACCCUGGUGGACGUCUUCCUCAGGAGCCGUCAAGACAAGGACCGCAAGCCCCAUGCGGUACUGGGGGCGCUUACGUCCUGGUCCGCGUACAGCAACACACUGCGGCUGUUCGACGUCUCCGACGACGGGUCGCGGCUGCGAGCGCUACACGGCGUGCGCUUCCUCACCAUGCUGUGGAUCAUCCUGGGCUACUGCUACGCGCUGACACCCAUUCCCAACCGCAGAAGAAUCUUCAACAUGUUUGAUUUCGUCAAGCACACGCCAUUCAUGUUCAUCGCCAACGCUUACCCAGCUGCCGACACCUUCUUCUGUCUAAGUGGAUUCCUGUUUGGCUACAGCGUUUUCAAGCAGCGCCGAAACCUUAGCAAGUGGCUGCCGAUCCUGUUGAUCAGGAGAUACGUGCGGGUCAUCAUACCGUGCUUCUGCCUGCUGCUGGUGUUCUCGCUUCUGGGCCUGGUGUCGUCGGGACCCAUCUGGCGCGACAACUACGCCUUGCUGCGCGGAAACUGCGAGGCCCGCUGGUGGAAGAUACCGGCCCUUGUCAACAACUGGGAGUACAGCCUCGAUUCUUGCCUCCCACACUUGUGGUUCUACGCGGCUGACCUGCAGCUACUGGUGGGCUUCACUCCAGCGGUCAUCCUUCUCGUCAGGUGGCCCAAGGCAGGAUUGGCGCUGACACUGACCAUGGUCCUGGCGUGCACCGUAUACAUCGCCCUGCAGACGCUAUACAGCGACCUCUACCCAGUUACCAUAUACUUCGCGGAAGACGUCAUGAAGUCUCGUCGCACGCACACGGAAGUGUUCAAGCGGCCCUUCUCGCACGCGGGUGCCUUCUCGCUGGGCCUGCUGCUGGCCUACCUGCUGCGCUCCUCCGGGCGGCUCGGCCAGGACACCAAGAGGUCCCCGUGGUGGGCCGGUGGGGCGUGGCGCGCCGCCGGCUGGGCCGCGGCCUCAGGCUGCGGCUUCGCCGUCCUCCUGGGUGUCGAGCAGUGGCACAAGGGCCUGCUGCCCGGACCAGCGGUUGCGGCCCUCUACGCGUCUCUGCACAAGACUGCGUGGGGACUGCUCGUCGCCUGGGUCGCCUACGUCGUCUGCACCGACCGAAAAGGCAUUCCCGCCCGGUUUCUGUCGUGGGGUCCGUUCGUGGCGCUGAGCCGGCUGUCGUUCAGCGCAUAUCUGCUGCACAUCCUGGUGCUGUUCGUGCGCUUCGGAAGCAUCCGGGAGCGCCUCUACAGCAGCCACUUCAUACAGAUGUGCGAGUUCAUCGUAGUGACGGUGCUGUCGUACAGCGGCGCCUACGUGUUCCACCUGCUCUUCGAGGCGCCCACCACGCAGUUCCUCACCAUGGCGACGUCCGCAGUUGCAGGGAAACUGCUGCUGCCUGAAGAUCCGCCGGCUCAGCGACACAUCACCGGCAACCAAAUUGCCCACAUUGGUUUCACCGAGAAGCCGCCCAAGGAGUCCAACGGAGCUGAAGGACUACACGGUCAAGGGCCGAAGUCCACCCACCUUUAGGCCUUCUCUUCGCAUGUGUACAUUGCCGAGUCUUCGCUCCAUGCGCGAGUCUAGCAGCAUAGACAGCAUGUUCUGACAGUAUGUUCGGCCAGAUUCCUCCAUCCCCGGCGGCUAUAAGGCGUUCCGCCGCCGAACACAAGAGCGCGCGGCAUCGAUUCUCGGCCGUGGCGACCACAUUCCGACGGGAGCGGGAUGUAAAAUCGAACACGUAAUGACACUUCGCUGCGCGUUUCGAAGAACCACUGGUGGCCAAAAUCAAUCCGCAAUCGUUCACUACGGCGUCCCUCACAGCCAGGGUGUAUAUAUAGCUUUGGGACUCACUCACACAUGACCGGGAGACUACACGCAGAGCUUGACUCUGCAAUUUUGAGCGGGCGCCCGAUAGACGACGAACACGGACGGGCAAGUCCUGUGUCAACUGGUUGGCAGAGCACCGUAAGUCAAGUAUAACCAACGGUUCGCGGAAUGUGACGAACUUUUAAGGAUACAUUAGUCACCGGCUAGCGCCAGCAGUUUCAGCCAUAUGUUGCGCAUUAAAACGCUCUUGAAAUCGACAGUAGUCAAGCAUUUUAAAAACUUGAACGACGGAAUCUACGCGACGGGUCGCGUUUCGCCGGAUAAACUGUUCAUGCUGUCUUGUCCGCUCUGAAGCAUAACAAAGGCCAGUUCAACUUCUUAUCCUUUAUCUCAUAUUUAGGGUUGUCGAUAUUAGCAAAGUCUGUUCUUCAAUAUCGUUAUAGCGAGAAUAAAAAUAAAGAAUCUCCGCUAGCAUCAUUCCACAUAAAAAUCAGAAAGCGCUAAGCAUCUCUCAUUGUUUUUCUUUCUUUCUUUCUAAUGUAUAUGAAUGUCACACUUUAAGAACUUAUUCUCAAAUUCUCGCCCACGGAAAAAAAAAAAACUCCCUGGGCGAGCACCAUUUCAAUUUGACGGUUGUCGUGAAAGCAUGGUUCAAAAAGAAAAAAAAAACGCAAGAAGUCACUCAAGAAAAAAGAAAAAAAUGUUCUGUAGAAUAUAACUACAAAACCUUUCCUAGCUAUGUAUAAACACUGGGUCUUCGUAUUCAUUCUGCAUGACUCAUUCACAAAAAAAGCUCUUACGUUAGAAGUGUUCGUAAAAGCAAAUGCAAGCCAAUACUAAUGCUGUACAUCUUAUUAGUGAAGGCGGCUGGCCAAUGGCGAAGCACUUACGAACGAACAGCUUUGUGAAUCCAGUCCCCAGUUCAGUGAGCGUAAGCCAAUUUUUAUGUCUUUACGCCAUCGAAAAAGUACACGAGGAGCCUGACUUCACAUUUAAAUAAAAACGUUCGCUCUUCUACUAGAUGCUUAACAACUGUUUAUGGAGGCGUGAAAACACAGACACCAGUAUCCGCGUUUUCACGCCUGCCUUUUAGUGCCAUGCAUCAUUACUGAAUUCUGGGGUUUACGUGCCAAAACCACGAUUUGUUUAUGAGGCACGCCAUAGUGGGGGACUCUGGAUAAAUUUGGACCCCCAGGGGAUCUUUAUAACGUGGCCCCAAUAAUGCACGGGACACGGGCUUUUUUUGCAUUUCGUCCCCAUCAAAAUGCGGCCGCCUCGGCCGGGAUUCGAUCUCGCGACCUCGUGCUUAACAGCGCAACACCAUAGCAGCUUAGCCACCGCGGCGGGUCCAUGUAUCAUUACCAACUUGCGCAACGUUCCAUCGUUCCUCGUUUGUGGCCCUCUGAAGAGAAUGCAUGCAGUUAAAGUGGUUUCGGCAUAGGACAAAAGCGAAAUAUACGUAAAAAAAUAUUUCCAAAAUUUAAAAAAAUUAAAUAUUUGCGACAUGUAAUUGAAGCGUAUACAGAAUGAAAUCGGGGAUUUGGUGCGUUUCAAAGAAUAAUGAAGCAAGAGAUUAAUUACAGGGAUUUUUGUUUCCCAAGAACGCCGAAAAUAUUGAGCGUGUGAAGAUGUGUAAUAAAUGUAAUUUAUUGAAAUGAAUUCGGAAAUGAGUUGUAUAUGACUUGCUUUGUGUUAGGCUACGGGAAAUAUGCUAGCGAAUUUGAUGGCAGGAUAUGAUGAAAUCUAAGAAAAAAUAGUCUAAGUGGAGCAAAUUUUGUCUAAAACGAGUUUUUCUUUCUUUCUUCCUUCCUUUCUUUCUUUCUUUCGUUCUUUCCUUUUCUUUUCUUUUUUCUUUUCUUAAGAGGGAGAAAGAAGAUAGCGAGGGGAAGGGGGGUUAACGCUGGCGGUGCACUUCGUCUUCACUGCAACGUUGUCUUCACUGCAUCAAAACUGCGAUGCAGUAAAAACGCAGUACGAAGCAAUGCUGAGGACAGAACGAGGAGCAGAAUUCAAAUUUUUUUCUCUCUCUCAAAACAUUAUUAACUCCACAACUUACUUAAAUGACUAUUAUUGUGGCCUUCUAUUAAACUCGUAUCUGGUUUUAUAUUGCAGACCAAAUCAAUAUUAAGUUUACCUUUGAAUGCAUAAUAUAGUUCGCAUUUUUUAUACAUCUUCACAACUUAAUUUCUUUCCUUUGAACAAAAGUCCAUUUUGUUAAACUUUCAGAAGCAAUCAUCGUUCUAUUUGCUAGAAAGUGGAUGAUAUACCAUUUCUUUUUCACAAAGCGCUUCGUCAAGCAAUUCACAGCUAAACACACGUCACAAACGAUUUUUUUGUACACUGUAAAAAUUUUACACCCUUAAGGGUGGUUUCUUGUCGCACUGGUAACACCCUUACCGUUA